UUAAAGCUGUAGAUGGGCGGUCUUACUCCGCGCCACGCAGUGUGUCAGUGGACAGCAGCACCAGUUGCGUUUCUCUCUCCGUGGGCAGAAUGUCUCAUGGAGGAGAUUUGGAUGCGUCUGUGAACAUCCACAGGUAGUUUCACAGUCUGCUUCCCCGGCUCCACUUUUACAUUUUUCUUGCGUAAGCAUAUAAUCGCUUCGGACUCGAGUCUUUUGGUUUUUGUCUAUUUUAACUAAUGCGCUGAGUCGGAUACUUGCAUGCACAUUCUUUUGCAAAACACCGCGGACUGUGCAAUAACCCACAGGCUAAAGAUGCUUGUUUGUAAACCAUUGCAUUAAGUUUUCGAAAGAUUAGAAGUACGCUUGGAUUUUAUUGCAAGUUUGGAUGUGAAGGCGAAAGCGGAAUACUAUGGCAAGCGAUCUGAAGCCUCGGUUGUGUGUGAUGAAGAAAGGAGAGAACGGCUAUGGGUUUCAUCUGCACGGAGAGAAAGGAAAAACCGGACAGUACAUACGGAAAGUGGAGCGCGCGUCCCCGGCGGAGGCGUCGGGACUGCGCGCGGGUGACCGUGUGGUGGAGGUGAACGGCGAGAACGUGGAGAGAGAGACACACCAUCAGGUGGUGCAGCGGAUCAAAGCCUUGGAGCAUGAGACCAGACUGCUGGUGGUUGACCGAGAGACUGAUGAGUACUUUCGCAGCCUGCGUCUCACCUGCACGGAGGAAAUGGCCAUCCGGGUGAGCCCUGCAGUCAAGAACCCUUCACCUACACCGUCCACCAGUAAACAGGCCAAUGGCUCGGUUUCCAAACGACCUGAGAUCUCCAAACCCAUCAGGAAACCUCUCUCACGAGCUCCUAAAAAGGAGGUCCAGCCCUCAUCUGAAUCCUCGACCCUGGACCCGCCUGAGCUUCUGCCGAGGCUGUGUCACCUGGUGCGGUCUGAGGCGGGUUAUGGCUUUAAUCUCCACAGCGAGAGGUCCAGACCGGGUCAGUACAUUCGAGCUCUGGACCCCGGCUCGCCCGCUGACCGCGCAGGACUCAAACCUCAGGACAGACUCAUAGAGGUAAACGGCGUGAACAUUGAAAGCAUGAGACACGCUGAAGUCGUGGCCUUCAUCAAGAACGGCGGGAAUGAGACGCGUUUACUAGUGGUGGAUCCGGAUACAGAUGAGCAUUUCAAGAAGAUGGCCAUCACUCCCACCAGCAUCCAUGUCAAAGAUUUUGACGAGUCCGUAACGAACGGCUCCAACAGCCCUCAUGUGAACGGGUCGUCCUCCCGAUCCACAUACUCAGACGGCAGCAGUCAGGACACCAACACACAGCUCUCGAGGGAGAGCAGCAGCCAUCUCCUCGACCCGUUUGAAGAAACAGGUCUGUGUCUGAGUCCCACGGCGGCGGAGGCUAAAGAGAAAGCCCACGCCAAGCGCUCCAGAAAGAGAGCGCCCCAGAUGGACUGGAACAAGAAGCAUGAGAUCUUCAGCAAUUUCUGAGUCUUCUUCCCAGAGACGCCCCCUACGUGUGUUGCAUUCAGAGCCCUGGACACAUGACUGCUUUUGAUGAAAAAGAGGCACCUAUUUUUGUAGAAAAUGGAAACUUGAAAGCAUAAAAAGUUGAAAAACUCACCGGGAGGGGAUGAAAUGAUUCACACAUUAGGAUUUCUAUCUUAUGAAUGGCUAAGAAAGUCACAAAUCGAUGAUCUUGCUGCUUGUCUACAGUGAUUUCUGCGUCAUUUUGUGUUCAUGCUGUUCAUUCAAUACAGCUCGUUGACAAUAACGUACAAAAUAGA